GGGCAGUAGCACCGGAAACAUCAAAAUUAUCUGCAUCCGCUCAAGAUGACACUGUCAACUUCAACGAUCAUAUUACCACAAUAACACCGUCUUUUUUCACGUUAUUCCGAGUGUUUCUGCUGAGGAAUUCGCUGUGUGAGGGUGGUUAUUUUCCCUGCAUCAGUGUGUCCUCGAGGAGACAGGACGAUGUCAGAAGCGCUUUUCCUCACAUUCCAGUCUCAGCUCUCCCUUGUCAUGGAGACCGUCCUCAAGUCAGCCAUGUUUGAGAUCACCAGGCUGGUGGAGGACAGCUUCCUCAAGGAAGUGGGCAAUCGGAAACAGGAGCUGGAGGUCCUGAAACGAAGGCUGCAGUUGUCUGAGAGUAAACUGAGGGAGAGGGAGAGAGAGAGAGAGAGGGAGCGGGAGCAGGAGCAGGAACGAGGAGGAAGACACGGUGCCCGGACUGUGGCCGAACUGGAGAGUCCAGCAGAGAUGAGAGCCAGCCUGUCGAGACAGUCCGGGGCCUAAGCUUGAGAGAUCAGUCUACCAAUCAGCCUACACUACCUGUAGAUGUGUGGAGCGCCAGACAACGCCUGGAGUCUGACAAACAAACGACAGCACACACACUCUCUAAGGAGAAGAAUGAUGUACACAGACAGAAUACAAAAGAGAUCGUCACACCUAACUCCAAUGCACAAAUUCAUCAGGAUUUUCUGCAGAGGAUUCUGGCCAAUUCAGUCAUCCACAAUGAGUCCACUAGUGACUUCAAACCCACAGUGAGCAAUGUAGACAAAUCCGCCAAAGACUUUACUCUCUGUAAGGAAACUGACUCAAACACCUCAAGACUGUUACAAAGUGCUUCAGCUCAGGAUGCGCACGAGGACUUGCCAUCAUCUUCACCUAACAGAAAAGUAAAAACAGAAACAGAGCUGGAUCUUCUACCUGUCAAGGAGGAGGAAGAGAUGGUUCUGGUGUGGGACAGCGUCAACAGAGAUGACGGAUGCCAAGCAGAAAUGGCUGAUCCGAGUCCGGGAGAGCUCAGAGGUCCUUGUGAUCAGGAGGAGAUACAGGUAGAAAGCUUUCCAGGUCUAAACUCUCUCGACAUCCCAGAUGCCACCUCAUAUUUCACACCUUAUUCAGUCAGCACACUGGUAAAUCAAGGUAUUAGGGCACAACACAGUCAUUUAUGCACAACAGAGCUGAUGCUCUCUAGCAUACCAGAGAGGUCACAUUCAUUAGUCCAACCAGAAAAUGGACAAAGUUAUCCUGGUUCAAAGAGUUCUGUCCUCUAUUCUCACAAUGAUGUUUGUCCAGGUGUGAAAGCAAUCCGCCAUGCACAAAACCCACAGCGUUUCUCCCAGGACAAACAUGGGACGCCUGAACAAAUCCAUGCAGAAAGAUCCCACCAUUGCACCCAAUGUGGGAAAAAGUUUGCGAGAGCAUCCGACCUCAAGGCUCAUUCGCUGAUUCACAAGGGCAAGAAGCCUCUGAGCUGUUCGCAGUGCGAUCAGACGUUCGCCUACAACUUCGAGCUGAAGGCUCACCAGCGAAACCACUCAGGGGAGCGACCCCACGUCUGUCCGCACUGCGGCAAGGCCUUCGCUCGAAUGAGCAACUUCAGGCAGCAUCAGAACAUCCACACGCGGGAAAAACUCUUCAGCUGCGCUCAAUGCGGGAUGCGAUUCAAUCGAGCCACCAACCUGCGAGUUCAUCUCAGACGACACAGCUACGCGGGGAAGACUCACAAUUGCCCUUUUUGUGGAAAGAGCUUUCUGGGUCCCAGGCAAAUGAAGGCUCAUUUACUGAAAGUCCAUGGAAGAGGAGGGAAAUAAACAUAACUAAUUUAUGUUUGGAAAUACUGAUUCGGAAUUGGAUCAAUUCAUGUUUAGAUGUUAUAAACGGUCUGCUCUGUUAAAACUCAAGAAGAUACCACUGUCCCAUAGUUGCCACCUUCGAGACAACUAAACAAGAUGUGGACAAAUGGUCAUGCAUGGAAUCUUUGCAUUAUGGAAAGAUGAGGAAACCUAUUUAGGUUUUAUCAACCGGAGUUAUUUUGCUGUUGUAGUGAUCAGUCAGUGUGUAAUAGCUGGUAUAUAUUAUGUAUUUAAUGUUUUUGUAUAUUAUUUUCAACAACAGUAAAGACAGACUGUGUAUGUAGCACAUUCUCUUUCCUGAGAUAUCUUUUUUAGAAUGACUUUACUCUUUAUAUUUUGACUAGAAAGGUACCCUGGCCUUCACUUAAAUUGUGAUGUGUCCCUGUAGCUUCAACUUUUUAAUGGCAUUUUGUUGGAAAAAGUAAAUGAACCAUCAGAUGUACUGUAGCAGCUCUCUUUCUUGUUUCUGACAAAUCAGUCCCUCCUCAUCAAGACCGUAUAAUUAGUCCAAAAUGCUCCAGAUCCAUUUCAGUUUUCCAUUCAGACUCCUUUUCAGUGUUUUUGUUUUUUUGAUUGAUGAACACCCUUGUUGGACAAUACACGACCUCCUGCUCAGCCCUUUCCACAAGGUUUCUGUGAUCUCCAGCAGCAUUGUGUCUUGAUGCCUGCCUCUCCUGGAGUGACGCACAGGUCAUUAUCUGAUGGAUUUGUAUACUUUUUUCCAACAAAAGCAGUAAAUGCUAGCAAGACAUUAAAUUGGGAAUAUUUAAUUUAAUAUUUGUUAUUUGCUAUAUUUUAUUAUUACUAAUGCACGACUGCAGAUAUUUCUGACAAACAUUCAGCAUUCCAUUUGAAAUAUAAUAUUAAAUUGCAGACUUAUCUUUGUCUGUUAUGAUAAUAAACAAGCAGGUUAUAUGCAUGUGAUUGCAUACAUGACCUGAGAAUUAACUGAACUUUAAUUCAAAGCAGUCAGUCUCUCAAAAACAUUAACGUUCUUUGAGCGGAAUAUUACAGAGGCAUAGAAAUGUUUCUAAAUGCAUCCAAGCUGAUAUGAAAAUUAACAAUAGAAAUUUAGGUUUACUAAUUUA